UUGAGAAUUAAGCAACAGAAGCCUCCAAUGGAAACCAAAGAUAACGAAGCUCCCAUCACCUGCUCUUACGAUGAUUUUGAACCCUUUUGCAAGUGGCGAAGAGAGCAAGCACGUGACUUGCUUGAGGUCCAUGGUCUCCAAGGUUUCAAAAAGGAACAGCUCAAAGUUAGAAUAAACAAUGGCACCGUUCUAAUCAUAACGGGAGAACGUCCCCUGAAGAAUAAUAUCCGAUGCCGUUUUCGGAAGGAAAUCAAAGUCUCCAAGCACUGCAAAGCAGACGAAAUUCGUGCAAAGUUUGGGUCAGCAGGAAUUCUUCGAUUAUCAUUCCCAAUGAAAACAUCCUCAGCUUCCACGAAGUUAAGGAAUGAAAGUUUGCCAUCUAAUUACCUGGUUGACCCAGAAACUUCAGCUUGCUAUAGGCUAAAACUGGCUGUAGCUGUGUCUGUGCCCGUACUUGUCAUGGCUAUUGCAGCAUUUCUGUUCAAAUACUGUCGUUGUGUUCAAGUUGAAACCUAAUUAUAUUAAUCAACAAUGCUUCUCUCUGUC